UGUGAUGGUGUGGAAUAGUAUGGGAUGUCUGGGUUGUGCUGGGAUGAGCUGGGAUGGUGCUGGGAUGGUGCUGGGUUGUUCAGGGAUGGUGUGGGAUGACGCUGGGAUUUGCUGUGAUCUGCUGGGAUGUGCUGGGAUCUGCUGGGAUGUUCUGGGAAGGUGUGGGAUGGUUUUGGGAUAUGCUGGGAUGCGGUGGGCUGGUGCUGGAAUGUCCUGGGCUGGUGCUGGUUUGGGGCUGGGAGGGUGUGGGAGGGUGUGGGAAGGUGCUGGGAUGGGGCUGGGAUGGUGCUGGGUUGUACUGGGAUUUGCUGGGAUGUUGUGGGAUGGUGCUGGGAUGUUCUGUAAUGGUGUGGGAUGUACUUAAAUGGUCUUGGCCACAAGGGCACACUGCUGGCUCAUGGCCGACCUGUCGUCCACCAGGACACCCAGGUUCCUCUCUGCAGAGCUCCCCUCCAGCAGCUCAUCCCCCAACCUGUACCGCUGCAUGGAAUUAUUCCUCCCCAGAUGCAAGACUCUACACUUGCUGUUGUUAAACCUCAUCCCGUUUUUUGUGCCCAGCUCUCAGCCUGUCCAGGUCUUGCUGAAUGGCAGCACGGCCUUCAGCCAAUCCUCCCAACUUCGUAUCAUCAGCAAACUUGCUGAGGGUGGCCAUUAUCCCCUCAUCAAGGUCAUUGAUGAAGAUGUUGAACAAGACCGGACCCAGCACAGACCCCUGAGGAACACCGCUAGUUACAGGCCUCCAACCGGAUUCUGCACCACCAACAACAACCCUCUGUGCUCUGCCAGUCAGCCAGUUCUCAACCCACCUCACUGUCCACUCAUCUAUCCCACACUUCCUCAGCUUUGUUAUAAGGAUGUCGUGGGGGACAGCAUCAAAUGCCUUGCUGAAAUCAAGGUAGACUACAUCCACUGCUCUGCCCCCAUCCACCCAGCCAGAGACAACAUCAUAGAAGCCUACCAGGAGAUGGCAUCCAGCACAGCUGUUCCAUCACCUUUCCAGGGACAGAGCUCUGAAGUGGAGAUGCCUCGAUGGCAGCACUUGAUGGCCUGGUUCGGCCCGGUUCCAUGAGCAGCAGGGCGGAAAAGGGAAACAGGGGAUCCCAAAAUGAUUGAAAACAGUGGCAACGA